UAGAGAGACCCCCCCCCCCCAAACUACUAGAGACCCCCCAACCAUCUUUGCACCCAGCCUUUAAUAAUAAGACUCUUCUGAAACUCGCCGGACAGGACCACCCCAAGCCUUGGCACGGACCCCCGUAUCUCUGGUGGACGAGGCCUUCUCUAGAGGAUUAACCUGGAACCUUUAUUUCUGGUCGUCAAUGGUCAAUGAAAGCCGGAGGAUGUAUAUCCCCGAGGGAGACCACCAAGGCUCAAAUUACACAAACCCCCUCCCUGCACUGGGCACCAUGAACUCCACCCCGGGCCUGGCCACAGAGCACAUCGCCUCUCCAGGUGCUGCCCUGUCCUGGCAGGCUGCCAUCGAUGCCGCCCGUCAGGCUAAGUUAAUGGGCAGCGCAGCCAAUGCCACCAUAUCCACGGUCAGUUCCACGCAGAGGAAAAGACAACAAUACAGCAAACAGAAAAAGCAAGGGGCCACAACAGCGACCAGACCGCCACGGGCGCUACUCUGUCUCACCCUCAAAAACCCCAUCCGCAGAGCCUGUAUCAGCAUCGUGGAGUGGAAACCCUUUGAAAUAAUUAUUUUACUAACUAUUUUUGCCAACUGUGUGGCCUUAGCUGUGUAUAUUCCCUUCCCGGAGGACGACUCCAAUGCCACCAACUCAAACCUGGAGCGGGUGGAAUAUCUUUUCCUCAUCAUCUUCACAGUGGAAGCUUUUCUUAAAGUCAUCGCCUACGGGCUGCUCUUUCAUCCCAACGCUUACCUCCGCAACGGCUGGAACUUGCUGGAUUUUAUCAUCGUGGUAGUAGGGCUUUUCAGUGCGAUUCUAGAGCAAGCGACCAAGGCAGAUGGUGGCAGCGCCCUGGGAGGCAAAGGGGCAGGAUUUGAUGUAAAAGCACUUCGAGCAUUUCGAGUCCUCAGACCUCUGAGACUGGUUUCCGGGGUACCUAGUCUUCAGGUGGUGCUGAACUCUAUCAUUAAGGCCAUGGUUCCCUUGCUGCACAUCGCGCUUCUUGUCUUAUUCGUCAUCAUCAUCUACGCCAUCAUCGGCCUGGAGCUGUUUAUGGGCAAAAUGCACAAAACCUGCUACUUCUUAACCAACAAAGAAGUCCCCGCAGAGGAGGAGCCGUCACCCUGCGCUCUCAAUAGCAAUAACGGUCGGCACUGUCCCAACGGGACCGUGUGUGAAUCUGGGUGGGACGGACCCAAGCAUGGCAUCACCAAUUUCGACAACUUUGCAUUUGCCAUGCUGACUGUCUUCCAGUGCAUCACUAUGGAGGGAUGGACGGAUGUAUUAUACUGGAUGCAAAACGCCAUGGGUUACGAGCUGCCGUGUGUUUACUUUGUCAGUCUUGUCAUCUUUGGAUCGUUUUUUGUACUGAACCUGGUUCUCGGAGUGUUGAGUGGGGAGUUCUCAAAGGAGAGGGAGAAGGCCAAGGCUCGGGGCGACUUCCAGAAACUGAGGGAGAAGCAACAACUUGAAGAAGACUUGAAGGGUUACCUGGACUGGAUCACACAGGCAGAAGACAUAGACCCUGAAAAUGAAGAUGAAGAUAUCGAUGAGGACAAACCCCGAAACAUGAAUAUGCCCACCAGCGAGACCGAGUCUGUAAAUACUGACAAUGUAGGCAGCGGAGAUGUGGAAGAAGAGAGCUGCGGAGUCCGGUUGGCGCACAGGAUUUCCAAGUCUAAAUUUAGUCGGUAUUGGCGUCGAUGGAACAGGUUUUGCCGGAGGAAGUGUCGGGCAGCUGUGAAGUCGAACGUCUUCUAUUGGUUGGUGAUAUUCCUAGUGUUCCUUAACACACUCACCAUUGCUUCUGAGCACUACAACCAACCAGGCUGGCUCACUGAGGUACAAGACACAGCAAACAAGGUCCUCCUGGCUCUGUUCACGGCGGAGAUGCUCCUGAAGAUGUACAGCCUCGGUCUCCAGGCCUACUUCGUCUCCCUCUUCAACCGCUUUGACUGCUUCAUUGUCUGUGGGGGGAUUCUGGAGACCAUACUUGUGGAGACCAAAAUCAUGUCUCCUCUGGGAAUCUCUGUCCUGCGAUGUGUGCGCCUCCUCAGGAUAUUCAAGAUAACCAGGUAUUGGAACUCUUUGAGUAAUCUUGUGGCCUCGCUGCUGAAUUCUGUGCGCUCUAUCGCGUCUCUGCUGCUCCUUCUCUUCCUCUUCAUCAUCAUUUUCUCGCUGCUCGGGAUGCAACUUUUUGGGGGUAAAUUUAACUUCGACGAGAUGCAGACGCGCAGGAGCACAUUCGACAAUUUCCCCCAGGCGCUUCUGACUGUUUUCCAGAUCCUCACAGGGGAGGACUGGAAUUCUGUGAUGUAUGAUGGGAUCAUGGCAUACGGUGGACCCUCAUUUCCUGGGAUGCUUGUCUGUAUAUAUUUCAUCAUCCUCUUUAUCUGUGGAAACUACAUCCUUCUGAAUGUCUUCUUGGCCAUUGCUGUUGAUAAUCUGGCUGACGCAGAGAGUCUGACUUCAGCUCAGAAGGAGGAGGAGGAAGAGAAGGAGAGAAAGAAGCUGGCCCGUACGGCCAGUCCCGAGAAAAAGCAGCAAGACCAUGACUCCAUAGGAAAGUCACCUGUGCCAGCCCUGGAUGAAAACAAAGAGAAGAUAGAGCUGAAGGCAAUCACGGCGGAUGGAGAGUCCCCACCAGCAACCAAGAUCAACAUGGAAGAAUAUUCAUCUCAUGAAAACGACGAGAAAUCUCCUUACCCGAGCAACGACAACCCAGGAGAAGAGGAAGAGGAAGAACCUGAGAUGCCUGUCGGUCCCCGUCCCCGUCCUCUCUCUGAAAUGCACAUCAAGGAAAAAGCAGUUCCCAUGCCAGAGGCCACCGCAUUCUUCAUUUUUCGCUCAGAUAACAAGUUCCGAGUCAAUUGUCACAAAAUUGUCAACAAUAACAUUUUCACCAACCUCAUUCUGUUCUUCAUCCUCCUGAGCAGCAUCUCGUUGGCCGCAGAAGACCCUGUGCGACACUAUUCCUUCAGGAACCAAGUUCUCUUUUAUUUCGAUAUAGUUUUCACCGUCUUUUUCACCAUUGAGAUUGCUUUGAAGAUUCUAGGAAAUGCCGAUUAUGUUUUCACUAGCAUUUUUACUUUAGAAAUCAUUCUUAAGAUGACAGCCUACGGGGCGUUCUUGCACAAAGGAUCGUUCUGCAGGAAUUACUUUAACAUUUUGGACCUGCUGGUGGUCAGUGUCUCCCUCAUCUCUUUCGGAAUACAGUCGAGCGCUAUCAACGUGGUGAAAAUUUUGCGGGUUCUGCGUGUGUUACGACCCCUCAGGGCCAUUAACAGAGCUAAAGGUCUUAAGCACGUGGUCCAGUGUGUGUUUGUGGCCAUUCGCACAAUCGGUAACAUUGUUAUUGUCACGACUUUGCUGCAGUUCAUGUUCGCGUGUAUCGGAGUACAGCUGUUUAAGGGUAAACUCUACAGCUGCUCAGAUAGCUCGAAGUUUACGGAGGCCGAUUGCAAAGGGAAGUACAUCAACUACAAGGACGGCGAUGUGUCGCAGCCAAUGAUUCUGGAGCGGAAUUGGGAGAACAGUAAAUUUGACUUCGACAAUGUCCUGGAUGCGAUGAUGGCACUUUUCACUGUCUCUACCUUUGAGGGCUGGCCAGAGCUGCUGUAUAGAGCCAUCGACUCCCACACUGAGGACAUAGGUCCCAUCUACAACCACAGAGUGGAGAUUUCCAUCUUUUUCAUCAUCUACAUCAUCAUAAUUGCCUUCUUCAUGAUGAACAUUUUCGUAGGUUUUGUCAUUGUCACGUUUCAGGAGCAAGGAGAACAAGAAUAUAAGAACUGUGAGCUGGACAAGAACCAGCGUCAAUGUGUGGAAUAUGCUCUGAAGGCCCGCCCCCUCCGGAGGUACAUACCCAAGAACCAGUACCAGUACAAAGUGUGGUAUGUGGUCAACUCCACCUACUUUGAGUACCUGAUGUUUGUGCUAAUCCUGCUCAAUACCAUCUGUCUGGCCAUGCAGCACUACGGACAAAGCUGUUCUUUCAAGGAAGCCAUGAACAUCCUGAACAUGGUGUUCACCGGCCUCUUCACCGUGGAGAUGAUCCUGAAACUCAUUGCGUUCAAGCCAAAGGGUUAUUUUAGUGACCCUUGGAAUGUCUUUGAUUUUCUGAUCGUCAUUGGCAGCGUAGUUGACGUCAUUCUCAGCGAGACGAAUCAUUAUUUCUGUGAUGCAUGGAAUACAUUUGAUGCACUCAUAGUAGUGGGUAGCAUUGUUGAUAUUGCAAUCACCGAACUAAACACAGGUGAACAUGCCCAAUGCCACAAUAUGCAGGGUGAGGAAAACUCGCGGAUCUCCAUCACCUUCUUCAGGCUUUUUCGGGUCAUGAGGCUUGUGAAGCUCCUCAGUCGUGGGGAGGGAAUCCGGACCCUUCUAUGGACGUUCAUCAAAUCUUUCCAGGCGCUCCCAUAUGUGGCUCUCCUCAUUGUUAUGUUGUUUUUCAUCUAUGCCGUCAUCGGUAUGCAGGUUUUUGGAAAGAUUGCACUAAAUGACACCACAGACAUCAACAGGAAUAACAACUUCCAGACCUUCCCCCAGGCCGUCCUGCUGCUCUUCAGAUGUGCGACCGGUGAAGCCUGGCAGGAGAUCAUGCUGGCCUGCCUUCCCAACAAGAAGUGCGACCCAGAAUCGGAGAUUCAACGCACUGAAGAGGACUACUCCUGCGGCAGCAGCUUUGCCGUCUUCUAUUUCAUCAGCUUUUACAUGCUCUGCGCCUUCCUGAUCAUCAACCUGUUUGUUGCCGUCAUUAUGGAUAACUUUGACUAUCUGACGCGAGAUUGGUCCAUAUUGGGUCCUCAUCAUUUGGAUGAAUUCAAAAGGAUUUGGGCAGAGUAUGAUCCGGAGGCCAAAGGACGUAUCAAGCACCUGGAUGUAGUGACUCUGCUCAGACGGAUUCAGCCGCCUCUAGGAUUUGGGAAAUUGUGUCCGCAUCGUGUGGCGUGUAAGCGUUUAGUCGCCAUGAACAUGCCUCUGAACAGCGAUGGCACAGUCAUGUUUAAUGCAACACUCUUCGCUUUGGUUCGGACUUCUCUAUGCAUUAAAACUGAUGGUAACCUAGAACAAGCCAAUGAAGAGCUCAGGGCUAUUAUUAAAAAGAUAUGGAAAAGAACCAGCAUGAAACUCUUGGACCAAGUGGUGCCCCCUGCUGGUGAUGAUGAAGUUACUGUGGGAAAGUUUUAUGCCACCUUCCUGAUACAGGAGUAUUUUCGGAAAUUCAAAAAACGCAAAGAGCAGGGGUUGGUAGGAAAACCUUCCCAGCGCAACGCUCUCUCGCUGCAGGCUGGGCUGCGCACGCUGCAUGAUAUCGGGCCUGAGAUUCGCAGAGCUAUUUCUGGAGACCUGACCGCAGAGGAAGAGCUGGACAAAGCCAUGAAGGAGGCCGUGUCUGCAGCAUCCGAGGAUGACAUCUUCAGGAGAGCAGGAGGCUUGUUCGGGAAUCACGUCAGCUACUACCAAAGCGAAGUACGAAGUGCGUUCCCACAGACGUUCACCACGCAACGACCGCUUCACAUCAACAAGACAUCCGGUGGGCCUGGGGAUCUGGAUUCCCCAUCGCACGAGAAGCUGGUGGACUCUACAUUCACUCCGAGCAGUUACUCGUCUUCUGGUUCCAAUGCCAACAUCAAUAAUGCCAACAAUAAAGCUUUGGUACGUCUUCCCAACCUGCUCCCAUUCCAGAGCACCGUCAGCACCGUAGAAGGACAGAGCUGCCCGGUUCGUACUCAUGGAUCAUGGAAACUGGGUUCCAAGAGUUCAGUGUCCAGAGACAGCCGUCUGCCGAUCAUAUGUCGGGAGGAAGCGUCACAGGAUGAGACGUACGAUGCAAGCGAGGAGGUGGAGUACAGCAGUGAGCCCAGCCUCCUCUGCGCUGACAUGUUUUCUGAUCGAGAUGAGGAGAGUCGGCAGCUUACCCCAUCUGAAGGAGAUAUGGCGAGAGGGUUGGGUCCAUCCCCUAAGAGAAGCUUCCUGCGCUCCGCCUCUUUAGGUAGGAGGGCGUCAUUCCAUUUGGAGUGUCUACGAAGGUAUCGGAACCAGGGAGCUGACACUUCACCCAAAGCCGUCUUACCACAGCUUCAUCUGGUUCACCAUCAGGCGUUAGCAGUAGCUGGGCUCAGCCCUUUACUACGGAGGAGUCACUCGCCAACAGCAUUUUCACGCCUCUGCUCCACACCGCCUGCCACGCCUUGCUCCAGAGGGUGGACGCAACAGACUGUGCCAGCACUGAGGCUACAAGGAGAUCCAGGGCCCAAAGACAGUUUAAACAGCAGCUUCCCCUCCGUGCACUGCAGCGACUGCAACCUCAGCCGAGAUCGACCGACCUCCCUCACAGUUCCUUGCCACGCACGGGACCAGACGCGGCAGCACCAUGGCAGUGCAAGCAGUUUGGUGGAGGCGGUGCUGAUCUCUGAAGGUUUGGCGCAGUUUGCUCAGGACCCCUGCUUUUUGCAGGUGGCAACACAUGAGCUGGCAGAUGCCUGUGACAUGACGAUAGAAGAGAUGGAGUCUGCAGCUGACAGCUUCUUGAAUAGCAAUCCCAGCCCAAACGGGAAGCUCUCACCUUUCGCCAAACGCAGGGACCAGGGGUUGGACUGCGCAGGGGUUGGGUCAGAUGAGCAAGGACACACAGCGGGUUGUGCGAACAGUGAAGGCGAACAGGAGGACUGCCGAGUGUACGUAAGCAGCCUGUAGCAAGCAAGCCUCACAUAGACCAGAGCCGUAGUAAAUGCCAAUUCGUCAGAGGGUGGAUGUUCCCGGAGGAGUUUUUCGUGCUCCUUCUUCAGUUUCUUUCUCCUUUUUUUUCAGUGUUCCUAAUGAGUUUGUUUCAGAAGUGCCUCACUGUUCUCGUGACCUGGAGUGACCAGAACAGCGUUCUUCAUCCAUUUUAGUUGGGACGGGAGGGGAGGGGGGAGAAGACAUCCGGAGCUGACUUUCUUUCUACGUUAUUGGAUUGGAGGACCCGCUGGAAUCCUUUUGGGGGGUCACCUGGCAUCCUGGAUCCUUCAAAUUAAGAAUUUAAAGCUAAAGGAUGGAUCUGGGUAGAAACCUUUAUUGCUCAGCUGAUCACAACUGUUUGCUUGGUAUUUUCUUUUUUCUUCUUGUUUUGGAAUGUUUAACAUACAUUAAGGUUAUGGUUCAUAUUCAUAAUGAGGAAUUUCCGGAAUUUAGAUUCCAAGCGCUCUAGGAGUGUGUGUGUGCUGACCACAAUCUUUCGGCAGUCAGAAUUUCAGUGGCGGAGCGUCCAUUGAUGAAGUCUGCACUGUGCAGCCGAAUCCCGUUGACAGUUAUGGAAUUCUGCUACAUCAGAAUUUUCAAGCAUAAUUUCUAAGCAAAAUUACACUCAGAAAUUCUGCAGUGUGAACCCUAGCCUAACCCUUAAAAGUUUUUUUUUCUCAAAAUGAAUUUGCAGAUACAAGAAAUGUUUUUAAAAGCUCCUGCUGCAUCAUCCAACGUUGUCUCUGCUGCUAAGAAAAAAAAUAGUGUCAUCCAGCUAAUCCUUCCCUUUAAAUACAAUGUAUUUGGUGCAGCUGUCACGUUUCAGUGCCGUUAAUUACUGUCUUAUGAUUGGCUGUCCCUGCUGGAUGAUGCAGACGGACCAACCCAAACCGUCACCUUUUUAAAAAAAAUAACAAUACAUAUGAAUGGUUUUUAGCUAAAUUUUUCAGUACAAAUUAAUUAUUGACAUUCUCUUUUUGGAUCCUAGUUUUAGAUUCUUGGAAGAUGCAAUGUUUAUUUAAAACAGUGUUUCCCAUCCAGGCUGCCACCAGCCAUUGCAAAACUGCAACUCCCAGCAUGUCUGGACAGCCAAAGGCUGCUCAGGCAUUCUGGGCGUUGUAGUUUGAACAGCUGGAGCCACCAUGGUUGAGAAACUCUGAUUUAGAAAAUGUUCUAAUGCAGUCUAUGGGGAAGAAUUAUCAUUUGCAUGAAAUUUUGCACAAUUUGUAUUUUCAUUUGCACAGUUCUGUGUCUAAUUUAAGAAAUUGCUCAGGCAACAUAAUAAAUUGAAUUGUGUAACUUUUUUAAAGAAUGUGCAAUGGAGGGGAGGACACGCAACAAUGAACUUCCCACAUCCUACACCACCUAAGGAGUGGAGUAUAUUUGUGCCAUUCUUUAUCAACCGCAAAUUAUGAAUGCAACUAAUAUAUCUGCGUGCGCUAAGCCUUGCCCCCCCCCCCCCCCCAGUGCAAAAAUACAAAAAGUAAUGAAGUGAGCGCAAAUGGCAAUAUGAAAAAAUAUAUAUAUUGUGCAAAAACAAUCAUGAAUAAGGUGCAUGGCCUUCCAAGCCGGAAAACUACUUAAGAAACAUCACAAAAAAAUUGCGCAAAAUGCAAUGAUAAAUGCAGUCUUUGGGGAGAAUUUAUCAUUGUAUGUGUAAAUCAAGUUACUUUUUACGCCGUUUGGCUGUGCGUACUUCCCCUCAAAUAAAAAAAUUUAUAUAUAUAUAUAUAUAUAUAUAUAUAUAUAUAUAUAUAGUCCAGGCUAAAGUGCGAAAAAAAUUGCAACAAUUCAAAGUCAAAGCACAUUUGACUUAACCGUAAGAACUUUUAAUAAAAUAACUUAAAGGGAACCGGUCAUCAGAUUUUACUAUAUAUAACAUGUUAAAUAGUAGUACAGUCUUCUUCCUUCCCAUGCCCGGGAGAAGUUCCUGUCGGCAGCACUGGUCAAGAUAUGAAGUUUGAAAGGUGUCCCCCAGCAGUCCGUGAAUAGUCCUUUAGGCAGGAGCCAUCCUCUACUAGUCCCCACUGUUUGGGCUGUAAUCACACCCCCAUCACUCUGCUCCAUCUGCUUAGGAUGCAGAGCGGUGACGCGGGCUGUCAAUCCUGCUGAGAGGGCGUGAUUACAGCCCGAGCAGGCGGGACUAGUAGAGGAUGGCUCCCGCCUAGGAGACAAGGGGAUACCAUUCAAAAGUCAUCACUUUACCAUCACUGCCGGCAGUAACGUAUCCUGAGCAUGGUAAUUAAGAAGAUUUUACCAUAUAUAACGAGUUGCCAUGUGGUAUAUGGGGUAAAAUCUGAUGACAGGUUCCCUGUAAGCAUAAAAUGUUUGCUUAAAUAACCAUUUGCACAAAAAAUUGCUGCAAAUGUACACAAAAAAGCAGAUGUAAAUACAAUGAUAAAUACCCCCCUAUGUGUAUGAUGUUUAUUAGCGGUGAAGGUGACAACCACUGAGUUCGCUGCAAUCAUUCGUAUUGGAUUUUGACAGUUCGUAAUGAUUCAUGUAGACCCCUCCCUUAUCGUUUUAGUACUAACUUCGAAAACUUUGGGUCCAUCAGCAUAGAUUUUAGUAAUCAUCAAUGAGUUUCACAAUCCCCUGCCGACCCUCAAAGGAUCGUGGGUGUGCGCUGAUCUCUGGCAAAUUAACACGGAUAUAUUUUUUCACAAAUUAUUGUAUUAGCGAGAAACUGGCAUUGUCAUUAAUAGCUGCUAAAAAUGUGGAAUACUGUUAAAAAAGAAAUAUUAUUUUAUACACACGCACAUAUAAAUAUAUAAAUAUAUAUAUUGGUAUAGAUAUUUUUUUCCUAGACAUUCAGGGAUGUUGUAUUGCUGAUAUGAAACAUGUGACAAAUUUUUGCAUGUUAAUUUAUGACAUCACCAUAUCAUUGUCAUCUCAUCGUGCAGCACUGUGGUAGAAGUCGAUUGGCACAACGUGGCACUGGGGCUGACCCCUUGUAGUUAAAAUAAUGGAUAUGAAUUAGUUCUUAUAGAAAAGAGCAAAUACAAUACUGCAUUAAGGCCUAAACAAUAAUGUUAUAGGGGUAUAUAUAUGAAUAUAUACAGUAUUUAUACUUAUAUGUAUUCAUAUUAUGUUUUAACACUAUUGCCAAUAGACCAACUAGCAUGCUGGGAGUUGUAGUUGUUCAACAAUUGGAGGCACACUGCUUUGGAAACACUGCAGUAGACAUUGACUACUAUGGAAUAACUCAGCAUAAGGUAAAGUAAUAUCCGCAGCCAAAGUACAACAAAAAUUGCUAAAAGAAUGUCAUAAAUGACUAAUGGUAUUUUUACACUUUUAUGGUUGCUGUGCCCUUUAGUGGUGCUAUACAGUUUAUUAUACAUAAAUUAUCAUCUAUACCAUGAGCAAUGAGAAAAUUAACCUUUUCGAUCAACCUUCGGAUUAAGUGAGAUUUCUGCUUUCUCUUUGGAAUAUUUGUCUGUGGCUUCAGAUAUAAAUAUAUUAUGGGCUCAUGGCUGGGAGUAUUGUAAUACUCUCUACCAGCACUUUAGCAUUAUAACUUCCUGACAGCAUUGGAGCCUUAUAGUGGAGGAACUACUGAAGUCAAUGGGUAAGAAAAUCAGCAGCAGAAAAUCUGCAGAAAAAUACACACGUGUCAACAUAACCUUAGGGCUUGUCCUCCCUGCAGACUUUCUGUCCAAAGAAUAAACAUGUCCAUUCUUUGGGCGGAAUUUUGCAGGGCUGCAUUGCCAUCUAAAGGACGAGGUGCGUAAGCACGGUCCUACCAGACAUUCAGCCGUUGGCGUUCCGCAUUGUGAACGAGCACUAACCUGUGUUUUUUGCUGCUUAUUUGUGACAGAGCUGCAUUAAAAAAAUUGGGGUGAAUUCAGUCCAAGUGCCUAGGUAAAUAUCGGCCUUUAUAGGGGUUGCCUGGUUUAUAAAACAUACAUGUCUUAAAGCAGAUAUAAGAGAUUAACAAGGGAAACAUGAAUGAGGGGAACACUAAAUCAGCCAAGGCAGAAAAUGGCUACAAUGUUACUGGGAGGACCCAGCAUUUCUCAGCAUUACGUAAAAUUUUAUGUUAAAGAGCCAAAGAACAUGCUCUGCAUAAAACUUAAUACACAAAAUGUCCAGUAGGAUGUGAUCUAUCUCAAGCCCUUCUAGAGGAACGUGGCACUCCACAAACCAAAAAAGGCCAAAAAGCACAUGCAAGGGUCGAGGAUCGAUGUCCCCUCAUUGCCAAAGCUUAGGAAACAAAACUGCCUCUAAUGGCCGCUUACACCUCCCCCUAGACCUCCAGGAGGAACUUCCCAAAAGGCCAACGCACCCUGAAAGAUCCUUGUGAUGAACAAAUGUGUAAAGAGAACAAACAAACAAUAAAUACAUAAUCAGAUGUUUGCUGUGUCAUAUAACCCGGACAUACAAUUCUUAGCCACAAAAUGUAAAAGGAAUAUUAAAAACAAUAAAUGUAUUAACUCCUAUACAGACCAGUGCCAUGGAGACGUCCAUACGCUGAAGCCACGUGCUGAGAAGCUGAUACCUAACACUUCUUUGACCAAGUGAUUUGUGGCUGUUUUAUUUCUGUUUUGUGCUGCUUUGUGCAUGAAGGGUUUGUUGCAGAAAUACUUGAAUCUGGAUCAGCUUUUUUUAAAUAUUUCAAGUGAACUUAGCAAUUUCUUUUAACUUGAUAACAAAUCGCAGCAGUGCCGAAUGUAACCUGUAACGUCCAGUGUGGCUGCCAUUAAACACAUUGUGGUCACCAGUUCCCAUCGUGAACUCACACACUUGCAUCUGGUUUUAGGAGUUUAAACUGUAAUAUUUCUUUUUUUGUUACAGUGGGUGAGUUUGUGCGAUGUGUUGCUGUGCAGUACAUUGCUGUGUAAAUAUGUAACCUAUUUAAUAUGUUGCUUUUUUGCCAUUUCAUAUUGGGUUUAUUCAUUGUGUAUUUACUGGAUUUGGCGAUACAACCUCUCCAAAUGUUUCCUGAGGCAUAAAUCUCAGGGGAGACCUCCAAAAAGGUUUCUAAUAAAGAUGGGAACUGAAUGGGUGCAAUCCAGAAGAAUCUCCCCUUUUUCUAUGCUGAUGACUAUCUUUUCUGAACUGUAUACAGAUAAAGAAAUCUACACCUCCUAUUAUAAUCACAGUACAACUCUAUUACAUGCUCUACAUAAAAACACAACCCUAACACAACAAUAAUACAAUUCUGUAUGCAUGGAACACUACAAUUCCAAGACGACCAUAACAUAAUUCUAUUAUAUUCUAUGCACAGAACACUACAUCCCCCAACAUGACUGACCUCUGGACAUUACCAUAACACAAUUCUACUAUGUUCUAUGCAUAAACACUACAACCCCCAACAUGACCAGACCACUGGACAUGGUCAUAACACAAUGCUUUUAUAGUCAGUGCAUAGAACACUAGAGCCCCCAACAGGACCAUAACACACUUCUAUUAUAUUCUAUGCAUAGAGCACUACAAACCCAAACACAGCCAUGAUACAAAUCAGUUAUAGUCUAUGCAUAGAACACUGGAACCCCCCAACGUGACCGACCACUGAACAUGACCAUAACACAAUUCUUUUCUAGUCUAUCCAUAGAACACUACAACUCCAAGAUGACCUGGGCAUACUAAAAGUCUGUUACAUGCUAUACACAGAACACUACAACCCCCAACAUGACCAUAACACAAUUCUAUUAUAUGCAAUAUACACAGCCAAUUUCAUUCUUGUAUCUAUAUCUUUCAGCAGCUAGUAAAUAACUAGAUUUAUACUUGGUAAAUAGUAGGUAUAUAAAAUGUAUUACAGAACUAUCCAUGGGAUGAAUACACAGCGGCAGUAUCGCUGAAUAAUAUUUUUGAUUGUUUUCUGUAUCUGUGGUGGUAGACAUGGCUGGUUCUGGUGCCAGAAUACCUCUGUACAGUAACGUAUAGCAGACACUGCCAAAAAUAAAAAGCUGCCAGUGAAAUUCAGCAAAAAAAAUAAUAAAUGUUUUUCACGUGAUUUUAUGCAAAUUGUAUCUAAUUCACAGGUUAUGCAGAUCUGUCCCUAUAAGAGUUGAAGGUUAUUACCUGGAGG